AUGUCUCACUUUCGCUUUCAAUAUGGACAUCGGCUUAAGGAGCAGAUCAAGCCAGUUAAUCCAGAAAUCCGCCAGUACUUCGACCCAGAUCUACCAAUCUAUGGGCCUUGGAGACUUUGGCAAACCAAGCCAGAACUUCCCUCGACUGAAGAAAUCCUCGGAACAGAUAUACCGGGAAAAGUUGUUGCUCUCACCCCCAAUUGCAUUUUGGAACCCUGGACUUCCAAGGAGAAAUACCUAGAGGCCCAUUAUUCAUUGAUCCGAGAAGAUUCGGUGGCACCACUUCGAAAUGCUGUAGCCAGGGUUCGCGCUGAUCCUUCUAUGAUAGAUACCCCUGAUGUUUCCAUCUAUGAGAAGGUCUUCGUUGUCGGUGUUACCCUAGCCCGCGCGGGCUUGGCGUUACAUAUUCAAUUCUCUACUCGCCGCGCGGGCAAGAACAUUUCCUGGACAUACUCCAACCGGCUUAAUCCUGGAACAAUUGUCGCCCUGACCCCUAAGCGCAAUGCCUUCUCGAGCAAAUGUGUUGUCGCCGUCGUGGCCUGUCGGUUGCUGGAAGCGGUUGAGAAAGACCCCCCGAGGUCGACCUCUUUUUGGCCUCGGCUGGAGAUAUCGAGGUUGAUCCACAAAUGGAUCAUGGUUGAGGCUCGAGCAGGAUAUUUUGAGGCAAAUCGGCACACCCUAACAGCGUUGCAAAAGUUGUCAAAAGAAAGUUUUCCAUUGAACGAACAAAUCUGCAGCCUGGAAAAAGACAUUAAUGCACCAGAAUACAUUAACACCGCGCCAUCCAUGGACUUCACGCCAUUGUCUGAAUCCUCUGCACUUGAUGUCACCAAAAAAUACGACAUCCUCGAGCGAUGGCCCUCCCAGCCAAUGGGACAGUUAGAUAAAUCACAAUGGUCAGCGUUGAAUCAAAUGUUGACUAAAAGGCUGGCCAUAAUUCAGGGCCCCCCUGGAACAGGCAAGACAUUUACCUCCAUAGCUGCUUUAAGAAUGAUGCUCUCAAACAAAGAUCCAAAGGAGCCACCUAUCAUUAUUGCUGCUCAAACUAACCAUGCUCUUGAUCAACUGAUAAAGCAUAUCUCGGUGUUUGAGAAAAACUACGUCCGGCUGGGCGGAAGAACUUCCCAUCCUGAAAUCCGGAAGCGCACCCCUUAUGAGAUCAGACAAAACCAGGGUCUAUUGACAAUUGAAGGAGGUUUGAUGACUCCAAUGAGAAAGAAACAGAACAAACUCGCGGCUGAGCUUGAUAAACUUCUAACACCACUUGCACCAUCAAACAACAGCAAGCCUUUUGCGGCAUCGUUAUUUUUGGACCAUGAUCUUUUGAGCCAAGACCAGGUUGAUUCCCUGCAAGAAACAGCAAAUAAAUGGCAGCAAGCCAACACUCGUGCAAGUACCGAUCCCCUGGCGGCUUGGCUUGCAGACUGCGUGAGGGGGUUCGACUCUGAAUACGCCGGUGACUUUGGGUUCGCUGACGAUGAUAUUGAUCUGGAGUAUGAGCAGCUGAAGGAGAUCGAAGUGGAACAUGGAAAAUAUGAAGAUGACUGGUCGUCUUUCAAGACACGUUUUUUCCCAUUAUCGCCUGGUCUUUGCAGCUCCAGCAGCGCCAAAAUCUCUCGGGCAACUGUUGAAAACCUGCUAAAAGAGAGGGACUUCUACAAGGUUCCCAAGAGAUAUCGCGGUGCCGUUUACGACUACUUGCGUGGGAAGCUAAUAACUAUCCUGGGAGAACAUGUGCAGCGCCUCGCUCGAACUUACCAAGGCUGCGCUACCAAUUUUCAAAUCGGUAGAUUUGAACGUGACUACUGUAUUCUCCAAGAGGCAAAGAUUAUCGGGAUGACUACCACUGGUCUAAGCAAAUACAGAGGGCUAGUUUCGAGUUUGAAUCCCCGGGUCAUCUUGAUUGAGGAGGCAGCGGAAGUACUCGAGGCCCCAGUUGCAGUCGCUUGCCUUCCAUCACUUCAGCAUCUUAUUCUAGUUGGUGAUCACCAGCAGCUCAAGGGUCAAUGUGCUGACUAUGAUCUCACCGGUGAUCCUUUUCACCUCGAUGUCUCUAUGUUUGAACGUCUGAUAUUAAACAAAAUGCCGUACUCUAUGCUUCAAGAACAAAGACGAAUGGUGCCAGAAAUCAGAAAGCUCGUGGCUCCCAUAUAUGGGGAUAUUCUUCGUGACCAUCCGUCAGUUGAGGAUCAUCCUUUGGUUCCUGGUAUGGGAGAUAAACGAUCCUUCUUUUUCGACCACACCGCACACGAAAGCAACGACAGUCUGUCGUCCAAGGUGAAUGACUUUGAGGCAUCAAUGGUGGUUAAUCUCCUUGCCUACCUUGUGAUGAACAAAGUCCCAGCAGCUAGUAUUACUGUCCUGACAUUCUACAAUGGUCAACGGAAGUUGAUCAUGCGAAAGAAGUCACAGAAUCAAAACGUCUCCCAGCACUACGUUAACAUACUGACUGUCGACUCAUAUCAAGGAGAAGAGAAUGAUAUUAUCCUUCUCUCGCUUGUUCGAUCGAAUGAUCAUCGAGGGAUUGGCUUUCUCGCACAGGACAACAGAGCCUGUGUUGCCUUGUCCCGCGCCAAAUACGGUCUUUACAUAUUCGGCAAUGCACAGUGUGUUAGCAAACACAGCCAUUUCUGGCACUCAGUUACAAACGUGAUGUCCGAGAAUCAACAAGAAUCCCGUAUUGGCCCCGCUCUGCCUCUGUAUUGCACGAGACACAACCAAGAAACCCUCAUCCAAACUCUCAAGGACUGGAACGCUAUUACUGACGGCUGCAACAAGCCUUGUGGCAAGAAUUUGCCAUGUGGACAUCCAUGUCCCCGCAAAUGUCAUGGUUCUGAACAUGACUGGGUAUCAUGUAAACAGCGCUGCCUUCAAGUUCGCGAGUGCUGCAACACGCCCUGUAUUUGUGUGUGCUCUCCACCGCACACUCAUGAUUGCUACUGUGGUAUGGGCAAGGAGAGCAAAACCCAGAUCUUUGACGCCGGAUCAGACUGGGAUGACUUUGACCACGAUGAUGAUGAUCGCGACGAAAAGGUCGGUCCCAUAACACGACGCCGAGCCCCAACCCGCGCCGCAACCUCUACCGCAGACGAAGAAGCAAAGCGGCAUGUCGAGGGUGUGCGCCGGUGGCAGGCAUUUGCACGGGGUGGCGCCGUGCUGGAUGAUUAUCGUCGGGCUGGGCUCGUAGUUGGAGAGAAACGUCUUGGACAAGAUGCUACACCAGUCGAACAGAGCGUCGCCGCUCCGAUCGAAGGACAAUUAAUCAACUUUGACGAUGAUGACGAAGACCGUCAGGAAGUUCCGGUUACGGAAGAAAUUCGGCCUGCUGCCCUGCCCAUUGAAGACCUGCUUACAUAUGAUGGAGCUGAUGAUGGUCUGGGCGAGGCUAUGAAUGAAUUACAAGAUACCCUUCCCACUCUGCUUGGAAAGGACCUGUUGACCUUUGAAGAGCAUGAUGACUCUCGGGCUGGGGGUGCGAGUCCAGGGGAAGAUCAACUUACUGUCAUGGUUCGGAAUAACGAUAAUUUGACCACAAGUCCGAGCCCAGUCGACGUCUUACUCACUCCUACGGUUGAGCAAGACGUAAUCCCUCCCAUGGAAGGGCGGCUGAUCGAGCUCUCCUAG